AUUUUCAGCUGUCCUGCCUGUAAUGUAACUCCUACCAGGGUUAACACAUUAACAGUGCUAAUAAAACCCUCUCAACGGACUGCGCACUAUUUAUAGCAAAAUUAGAUAAAACUUUGCUCUUGCAUAUUCUACAUUUCAAAUCAGAAUAUGCUCUUAGUCCACUUCCUUGAGGCAAAUCAUUACGCCUCGAUCAUUAAUGCUGACCGUAGUUUGAGAAAUAUCAUCAGAUUUUUUUUCAUUUAAAAAAAAAAAAAAUCCGGCGAGGAAAUUUCCAGCUGGUCUUAAGUAUAGUAUUCAAAGCAAAGCUGUUUACUCGGAAGGUUGCAUUUUAGUACAAAUCGAUUAGGUUUCACCUGAUUUCAUUAAGAUCGGAAACACCUAAAGGUUAGUCUUCAAGAGCUUAUUAUUGUUGGUUUACACCGUAAAGACUGUCACAAAGUCCUUUGAAGAAAAAGUCCUGUCAUAAGCUCUGUAUGAAGACAGCUGUUAACAUGUCUACCUGCAAACAGUAAUGAAAGAAAAAGAUUUUUUUCCUUGAAGAAGAAGUGGUAUGAACAGUUGAGCGAUUUGGUGACCUGGGAAUUCACUUAAUGUUUUCGAAGAGCAGGUGAGUCGCCAUCAUAUUUCUCCAAUGACAUGCAUAAGGAUAAUGGAUGCCUUUGGAAUGAUUCUCCCUGCAAACCUCGUGGUUUCAUUCUGUGCAUUUUCUGUACUGGCUACCCUUACAUCGACAUUAUCACCUGUGCCCUUAUCGCUGACGACAAGGCUUGACGCUCUAGGACGUAGCCAGACCUUAGUUCAUCAAUCUGCAAACUCCUCCUCCUCCUCCUCCUCCUCCUCAUCAUCAUCAUCAUCAUCAUCAUCGUCGUCGUCGUCGUCGUCGUCGUCGUCGUCGUCAGCAGCAGCAGCAGCAGCAUUGACAGUUUCACCCAGAGAAGUCAGCCACCUGGUUUCCUUUUCUCCGGGGAUGUCAUCACCAGAUGAACUGCUGGAGCGUGCAGGAAGCCUUUUCGAUGCCUACAUUAGGGGAAGGUAUCCGUUGUCAGGAUCAAUCCAGCCUACAAAUGGAAGUUUUCAUAGUAAUGAAUCAGCUCAGCACUCCUACUUUAUAGCUAAAGAAGCAGACAGAAAAGAUCGCAAAAAUGCCGCAAGUUCUGAUCCAGAACAGAUUGGGGGAAAUGUCACAGCUUUCGACUUAGAAAAUCAAACAACGGAGAUAUCGCCGCUGUGCAGAAACAGAAGAGCACAACUGAAGCAGUCUGUCCAGCACGGAGAGGAGUGGGCGUUGAAAAUGGUGGACGCUGAUGGGAGACCAGGGCCCGGGGUGCUUCAGAAGCGGCUCAGCUGGUUCGGUGCCUUUGACGAAUGUCUUGGGGUGGAAGCGUCUCCUCGACACACCAAUUCCUCCUGGCGCGGGCAGUACUGCCUCCUCACGAUCUCUAUAAAGGAGAUAGCAAACGUAACCGCCGUGGUCGGAGUGUGUGUGCCUGAAGAAUGUUCCAACAGCGACGUGUAUACUGCAAUGGUCGAUGAAGGUAUUCCGGGACUACGUGAUACCUACGUGACACUAGACCAAAUUGUCAACGUGGACUGCAAGUCCAGGAACCCACCACUGGAUGCCACAAGCAAAGGUGUUUUGUCGUUCCUGUCACUCGUCACCAUGGUAAUCAUUGGCGCAACACUUUUCGACCUGUUUGUGUCAAACAAAGCCACACACAAAGUUGCAGCCGGUCCAAAAGAUUUGUCUGUUCUGCUGAGACCAUCCAGUGUCAGACCGACUGAAGACACAAAGCUUCUGAGGCGUCCUCUGACAGCAACCAAGAAGCACACACUGCCGGUUGUCCUGCAGUUGUUCCUGUCCUUCUCGCUUAAGACCGGUUGGAAGAAGCUGAUGGCGCCAGAGAAUGAAGAGAAAGAUCGUGAAAGCCUUGAUGAAGUUCAACGAUCACCCAACGCUCUGCGCUGUUUGCAUGGUCUGCGCGUGCUGACUGUGCUCUGGGUGAUCAUGAGUCACACCUGCCACUACGCAACAGUCGUUCCAGCAGCUAACACCAUCCAUACGUGGGAGAGGUACCGGCAAUGGUGGCUGAUUCAGCCAGUCAUGAACGGAAUCCUGGGUGCAGACGUCUUCUUCACACUCAGUGGACUCCUGGUCGGGUAUCAUACGUUAGGGUAUAUGAGCAAACUGGACCAGAGACCUAACAUCUUCAGGUUUUACUCUCGUCGGUUCUUGAGGUUGACACCACUUUAUGCACUGGUGAUCGCCAUAGCUGCAGGGAUCGCCCCACACCUUGGAGACGGCCCCUUGUGGCCUGCGACAGGCCCUGGAGGUCAGUGUCGUGACAGCUGGUGGGUCAACUUGCUGUAUGUCAACAACUUCGUCACAGAGGAACAGGCGUGUCUUGACUGGACGUGGUACCUGGCCAACGACAUGCAGCUCUAUCUUAUCUCUCCAGUCAUCAUCUUCGUUUUUUACUACUACCCAGUGAUAGGGAUGCUCGUGUGCUUUCUUCUCAUGGCCGCUUCUGUAGUAGCCACUGGCUUUGUGACCAAACAUUACAAUGUACCCGCUGGUCCUUCAGAGUGUCUUGAAUUUAUGAGAGGGGAGUUCUACCAGCAGUACGUCGUCAAGCCGUACUGCCGUGCAGCGCCGUACGUCAUCGGCGUGUUGACUGGAUGCCUCCUGCAGAGAAACUAUUUUGCAAGGUUCAGCAAGAUACUUUACAGCUGUGUUUGGGCAGCUGUCAUCGCCAGCUGCUCUGCCGUUUUGUACGGCACAGUUGGAAUGGCCGGGUCCAGCCAGUCCGUGACGUCGAUGUACCUUGCUGUGCGUCACGUGGUGCUGGGUGCUGGGGUGGCCUGGCUUGUGUUCGCCUGCUCUACCAAUAACGCAAGGCCUCUGAACGCAGUCUUGUCAUGGAAGCUGUGGGUGCCACUGAGCCGUUUGACUUACUGUGUGUACCUGACACACCCUUUGGCAAUACUAAGCUACUACCUGAGCCUCAGAAUACCUUUCUUCUUCUCCAAGUUCAACAUUACUGUAGCCUUUAUAGCAAACACAUUCAUUAGCUAUGCCGCUGCGUUCCUGCUGUUCAUCACCUUUGAGGCGCCCACAAGGGAGAUAACUCGGAUCUCAAUUUAGUAUUACGUCCCCUGGCUUUGAUUUCGUUUGAAAUGUGUGAAUAUUGAGAAUCUAAACAUGUGAAUCUAAGAAUGUUUUGAGUUUAUUAUAAGUUCCCUUAUUGUUUGAGUUAUUCAAAUGUAAAAAUCUGAAAAUAUACCAUUACCUUGAAGGAAAUAUUUUCCGUAAUAAACAUUGCUUGAAUUUUAUAUUAAGAUUUCUGUAGAGAUUUUCACAUCUCAGUCGUGUAGGUGAAUAGAUCAGUUGUUCAAUGUUUCGGGAAAUCAAAAUCCGACAAUAAAAUCCAAUAAAAUAAUAGUUUGAAAGAAUUUUAUUUUUGAAAGUAUUGUAUUUGUAUAUUGUGAGGAAAUGUUUGCUUGCCUUCAUUACAAAUAAAAACAUAGUCAAUCUGUAGAGGUUUCAACAGACGAAAACUCAUAAACAUGUCAGUCAGUAUGUAAAGCUCUUUUUUUAUUGGGAUCUAGCCGACCUAAGCACUCAGAGCCAUGCAAGUACAUUUGUCAGUUUUAACUCAGCAAGCUGCGAAUAAUUAUAUUGUUACAACAUCGACACAAGUUAAACUUUAUUUUCAGACUUACAAGUCAAUUGUGUUAUUUAUGUGGUAGCGCUUUUGUUAAUGAGAUAAACAAAAUAUCAAGUUAAAACUGAUAAUAAAAGUAUUUUUUUAUCACAGUUUAUUACUACUCUAUUUUUGUGUAUAAUAAAUAUAAAGUACAGCAUAAAUUGAUAAAUAAAUACAAAAACAAAUAA